AUGGCCAGCAGAGAUGGAAGAGGAGAUAUUCCCCCACAGCCCAAGGCCAUCUUGAGGGGCCAUAGGGCACAGGUCCAUGCCGCAGCCUUCAUCAGAUCGAACGAACGCCUCUUCACGGGCGACGCAGACGGCUUUGUUGUGGCAUGGGACCUGACUAUUAUGAGGCCGCGCGCUGUCUGGCAAGCCCAUGAGAAUGCGAUCUUGGGCAUAGCAGGAUGGGGCAUAGACAAAGUCAUUACCCAUGGGAGAGACAACAAGCUCAUCGUGUGGAGGCUGUCCGCUGAAGACGAGGCAUCCAUGAGCACCACCCUCCCGCUGGACACUGGGCCGGAGCCUCGCACCAAGCCGUGGAUGCUAUACCUCCUUGAAGUCAACACUAUGAAUUUCUGCACUUUCGCCUGCAGCCCAAGUUCUCCCACCAGCUUGACACCUGCGUCUGAUCCCGAGUCAUCUGACCAGGCAGAGCUGCUCAUUGCGGUGCCAAACACUCUGAUCUCAGAAGCCGUCGAUAUAUACAGCCUACCUUCCCAGAUCCGCAUACAUACGGUCAAGAUAGGUGGCGAUCACGGUAUGGUCAUGGCUCUGGCCCUGACGUGGGUGUCUAACCGCCUCACUCUUGUGAUUGGGUACGAGGACGGAAUGGCGAUCGUCGCGGAGCUUAAAGAGGAUGGCGGCCACGACAGCUGGGAUGUUGUCUAUCGCAGCCAGUGCCAUAAGCAACCCAUCCUGUCCCUCGAUGUGGCACCAAGUCUAGAAUACUUUCUCACCUCGAGCGCGGAUGCCACUAUUGCAAAGCAUCCGCUGUUGACUCCACAGCCUAAAAUUAUUGGCUUGAUCCAAGAUGGCAAUAUCGAAGCCAGCCCUGAAGACAAUCGCAAGCUGAUCACUACGCCUCACUCUGGAACCAAUGCAAAAGCCCCAGGUCAAAGCCAACCUAUCUCACUUCUAUCUGCUGCACUCGCCUCCCAGCCACCGGUCCAGACUCCAAGAGCCGCAGCAAAGCCAGAGGUCCAGACGCAGCCACUUCAGGUCGUUGAUACCAAACAUUCUGGGCAGCAGGGGCUUAGUAUCCGGUCUGAUGGUCGCAUAUUUGCCACCGCCGGCUGGGACUCCAAGGUGCGAGUAUACUCAGCCAAGACGAUGCGCGAGGUGGCGGUGCUCAAGUGGCAUCCUGUGGGUUGUUUUGCUGCUGCGUUUGCCGAGGUUACUACCAAUGAUCCCAGCGAUAACAAGGUUGCGGAGAGUAGAUCUCAUGACGAAAACCUGUCGGAGAAGAGUCUAGUGCCCAAAGUCCUCGAGAAGUCAGUCAAAGACAGGAGGGUCAACCAGGCUAGGACAGCGCACUGGCUCGCGGCAGGAAGUAAGGAUGGUAAAGUGAGCUUAUGGGACGUCUUUUGA